UUGAGUCUCACUUAACUGUUCAGCUCCGCUGAAAGCAACCAAUCACUCGCGAUCGGCUUCGCUUGACCGACAAGGAGGCGACAAAGGAAAUCGGUCUGACGCACAACAAAUUAUCUCGCUCAGUAUUAACUCGGCCUGCGAACUGUGAACAGCACAUUCAUCAAUCCUUCGUAUCUUCAAGGACUCUUUCGAGGAACACGCUAUAGACGAAUUCAUAUAGACGAACAAUGAAUGCAUCAGUUUUAAGAUCAGCCUUCCGUGUACCGCAAACGCUGACGCGAACGCGAAAAGUACAUUUAUGUGCAUCAAGAUUCAAUUAUCAUCCAGGGCCUUUGACGCUAUUUACGGAUGAUGAACUUAUGAUGAAAGAAACCGUUGCUAAAUUAGCUAAGGAGGAGAUCGCUCCUGCCGUCCGAAAAAUGGAAAAGCAAAACAAGAUAGAUGACGGCGUUUUAAAAGUAUUAUUCGAGAAUGGCUUGAUGGGUCUAGAAAUUCCAACAGAUUACGGAGGUGCAGGUUGCAAUUUUAUGAGCACAAUUUUAACCGUCGAAGAAGUCGCGAAAGUCGACGGAGCCGUAGCUGCUCUCGUAGACAUUCAUAACACUUUGGUUAACUCGCUUAUUAUCAAAGUUGCAUCUAAGGAACAUAAAGAAAAAUAUCUGCCUAAAUUAGCACAAAAAUAUGCUGGUAGCUUUUGCCUGACGGAACCUAAUUCCGGAUCGGAUGCGUUUGCUCUUAAAACCGUAGCGAAAAAAGAUGGCAGCGAUUAUGUAAUAAAUGGAACAAAGAUGUGGAUUUCAAAUUCCGACAUCGCGGGGGUAUUCUUGGUUUUCGCUAAUGCAAACCCAUCCGCGGGAUACCGCGGCAUCACAACUUUCUUCGUGGAUCGCGAUACACCCGGUUUGACUGUAGGUAAACCUGAAGACAAGCUAGGCAUCAAGGCAUCUGGAACUUGUAUGGUUCAUUUUGAUAAUGUCAGAGUACCUGAAAGCAAUAUUUUAGGCGAGUUUGGACAGGGAUACAAGUAUGCAGCCGGUUUUCUGAAUGAAGGUAGAGUAGGCAUUGGCGCUCAAAUGAUUGGAAUCGCACAAGGAAGUUUAGAUGCAACCAUACCAUAUACGCUGGAAAGGAAGCAAUUUGGAAAGGACGUUUUCUCAUUCCAAGCGAUGCAACAUCAAAUAGCUCAAGCAGUAACUGAUUUAGAAUGCGCAAGAUUAUUGGUUUACAACGCAGCUAGAUUGGUAGAUGCUAAAAAAGAUGUUAUGAAAGAAGCGGCUAUGGCCAAAUUAAUUGCAUCUGAAACUGCGUCACGUGUCACCACAAAGUGCAUAGAUUUUAUGGGAGGUGUUGGAUUUACAACCGAUUUUCCUCAGGAGAAAUAUUAUAGGGAUGCCAAGAUCGGCACGAUUUAUGAAGGUACAAGCAAUAUGCAGUUGUCAACGAUUGCAAAAUGUAUACGCAAGGAAUAUUCGUAAAUUAGUAAUCUUUAACAUGACACUGUGUUUACAAUAUAAGAUAAGAUUAUUUUUUACACAUUAUUUUUAAUACUAAAAAUUAGGGAAAAUAGCAUAUGUACUAGAGAGAAUCAAGGGAGAUUGAAGCUAUGGUAGAAGGUAUGGAAUAUACGGUGUUGCACAUACUAUUAUUGUACCGCGCUAGUAUUACGUAUAUGUAUAUAGACAUACAGGAUGUCACAAAAUCCGACAAAUUUCAAUUUAAAUUUUUGUAUAUGCAUAUUUGCGGAAGUGCAUAAUAAAUGGCGGAAUCAAUCAGAGAAGAGAACACUCUUCGCUUCAUUCUCCCUUGAUCCUCUUUGGUACUAUUUUUCCUAAUUUAAAAAUAUAUUUUUAUACUUUUAUAUUCUAAUAUUCGACUAAUAUCAAAUAUAUAUAAGUGAUACCUAAUUUAGAUAUAAGUUUUAUAAAUCAAAUAAUGCCUCAAUUCGACACAAGAUGAUAAUGUGCAAAUUGAUUUAUUUAAAUCAACAUAAUUAUAAUCGCAGAUGUUUCGAUUAUUGUCGAUGCUCCAUGUAAAUUUAGAUGAGACUCGACGUCCGACGCGUAUGAAUAGCUUAAUAACGUUUCGAUUAUUAUUAUACAGGAAGUACAAUGAUAUCACUGUUACAUUACUAUUCUCUAGAUGACUGAAUUCUGUUAACAAUUUAUGGAGCAUUGAUAAGCAUCGAAGGCAUUAUUUAAUUGUAUGUUUUAUGAAUUAAUAACAAGUACCGAAAUUCAACGAAAUAAAUUUAUUACAAUAUUUAGAAAUAAACAAUAGAGAUGUACAUAAUAUUUUUUAUACUAUUAACUUUCCAGCGGACGCGCACGUGUUCUCCGUACACGCGCGCCGGUUUUAUGAAAGAGAUAAAAUCUAUUUUCUGGGUCUUGGCUUCCCAAGAUAUUCUUUCAGUAUCUUUCGGAUCAUCGAUUCGCUUAGGUUGCGUUCUGUUAGCAUAUCUUGUUUAGAAUCAAUUUUUAAAAUAUCAG